AUGAAUCAGUUUAGAUUCGUAUCGUGUUGGUCAUGUGGCAAAAACAUUAAUAAUUUAAGCGCACAUCUGUUUUGUUCAAAUUGCAACGCCGUACAACCUCCCGAAGCAAAGGAAAAUUAUUUCAAGAUCAUGGGUAUUCAUGAAACAUAUGACUUAGAUGAAAAUGAUUUGGCCAAGAAGUUUAAGGAACUGCAAAAACAACUACAUCCAGAUAAAUUUGCUAACAAGAAUAAAGAAGAGCAAGAAAUCUCAGAGAUUUACUCAUCUCUAGUAAAUGAAGCAUAUAAAACUCUUUUAGAGCCAUUAUCUAGAGGCAUCUAUAUGCUGCAUCUAAGAGGCAAAGAAAUUCCAGAAAACACCGAGAUAGACCAGCAGUUUCUAAUGAUGAUCAUGGAAAAGAAUGAAGAAGUUGAAAAUGCGGAAACAGAAGAAGAAAUAAUGAAAUUGAACAAAGAAAACAAGGCAAUAAUCAAAGAACUUCAGAAAAAAUUGUCUAAGGCAUUUUUUGAUGGUGAUUUAAAGAUUGUUACAAAGUUGUUAAGUCAAAUGAAAUAUUACACAAGCAUUGACAACCAGAUACAGACUGUAAUUCGUAACAAAGGCAUUAUUAGAUAA